AGCUGAUUGUCUGAUAUAUCUGAAGUGAAGCUUUAAGGGAACUCACCUAUUGAACUUAAAAUGACUAGCUUUAACAGGAUGAGCUUUAUCCUGGCUUCUUUGCUGGGGCUGCUGUGCCUCUUCUGCACUUCUGAGGCCCAAAGCAAUCAGGACUGCUGCCUUUCCUACAUGAGAAGUGAGCUGCCUCGUCGGGUCAUCACUGGCUACAUGGAGCAGCUAUCAAAUGAAGUCUGUGACAUCAGUGCUAUUAUUUUCCACACAAGGAAUGGGUUGAAAGCAUGUGCAAAUCCAGAAGACAACUGGGUGAAGAUGCGUCUUCUUUGGCUGAGCAAAAAGCUCAAGAAGAUGUCAAUGUAA